UCACUUUCAAAUUGCAAAUUAGAAAAUGGCGACGAAAUUUGACAACGUGAUUGUUGCCGAUCUGGACGAAAAUGGCCAAUACAACAAACAGAAUGAGUUCAGUGCACAUAUCGACAUGUCAAGACAGGGAGACAGUGUUGUUCUUUGUAUUUACAAAGGGGAAGAGAAGGUGAAGUCUGUUUUGGUUACUAAAGAAGCCGAGUACUGUCGGUUAGGGAAACAAGCUUUAGUCAUCACAUCAGAGGACCAAGAAAGCACACUCUUCAAAUUUGACAGCAUACACAAUGUGAAGUCAUUUCAGUUCAAAUUAAAGGAGUUACAGGAAGGAUUGUCCUCAAUAUUCACAGACAGAACAGAUGAGGCGUCAGCAGUGCAAUAUUUUCAGUUUUAUGGCUACCUCUCACAACAACAGAAUAUGAUGCAGGACUAUAUCAGAACCUCCACAUACCAGAGAGCCAUGUUGUCAAAUAUAAAUGACUUUCUGGACAAGGUGGUGCUAGAUGUUGGAGCAGGUUCUGGUAUUUUGUCAUUCUUUGCCUUACAAGCUGGAGCACGGAAAGUUUACGCAAUAGAAGCCAGUAACAUGGCAGAAUAUUGUGAGCAACUUGUACGGCACAACAAACUUCAAGACAAGAUUAUUGUUAUACCAGGCAAGGUGGAGGAAGUAUCGUUACCAGAGAAAGUUGAUACUAUCAUAUCAGAACCUAUGGGCUAUAUGCUUUUCAAUGAACGUAUGCUUGAAAGCUUUUUACAUGCAAAAAAGUGGUUAAAGCCAAAAACAGGUAAAAUGUAUCCAACACAAGGAGAUCUGCACGUUGCUCCGUUCACAGAUGAAGCUUUAUAUAUGGAACAAUUUUCUAAAGCCAAUUUUUGGUACCAGGAAUCAUUCCAUGGCAUAAAUCUCACCAGUUUACGUGAUGCUGCUGUAAAAGAAUACUUCAAACAACCCAUAGUGGACACUUUUGAUAUACGAAUGUGUUUAGCAAAGUCAUUAAAACACACAGUAGACUUUUUAACGGCAGAUGAAACUGAUUUACAUGUGAUAGAAAUUCCAUUGAAUUUUACCAUACACCAAACAGGCCUGGUACAUGGGUUGGCAUUCUGGUUUGAUGUUGCAUUCCUUGGAACAGUAACUCCAGUAUGGUUAUCAACGAGUCCCACAGAAACGUUAACACAUUGGUACCAGGUUCGGUGCUUGGUGCAAACACCAGUCCUUGUUAAGCAGGGACAAAACCUCACAGGAAAAUGUCUUCUCAGGUGUAAUAAAAGGCAAAGCUACGAUGUUGAUAUUGAGCUGAACAUCCCGGGAACUACGAGUGUCUCCAAGAACAGCCUCGAUCUCAAGAAUCCAUUCUUCCGCUACACGGGUCAGACACCAGCUGCUCAGCCUGGUACUCAAACACAGUCCCCCAGUGAUGCUUACUGGAACACUUUAAUGACAGGUCAGACAUACAAUUCUAUUGGUGCUCUAAAUGGCAGCUUGAUGAAUGGGGUUAUCGGCGACACGAACACGUUACAGUUACAAGGUCAGACCCAGUUACAGUCUAAUUAUUUACAAAUGUCUGGUGCCCCUAUCAAUCCGGGUAGCAUCCCAAGUGUUCUAAACCUGGCUGUGAACAGUUCUACGAAUCGUACAUCAAUAGGUGGGGGAAUCAGCCCUAUAAACUUCUCAAAUACACAGCCUCAGAACGUUAUUACGGGGACAUACAACCAGUAUCCAAUCAGUAGUCAGUUCAUGAUUGGAGAUUACGUGACACCAGGAAAUCUUGUGCCAUUAAGUGAACAGAACAAGAGCUGAAUUGUUGCUCAUAGUGCUCUUAGUGCUUUGAUAAUCUGUGUUGUGCUCAUUAAUCUGUAGUGUUUGAAUAGAGGACGAAACAAAUCCUUCUGGCUUAAUUGGUGUUGUGAAUAUUUUCAUCAAUACAAAGGUCUAGAAACGUUCUUGAAGAAUGUCCGCAUUUUGGAAGUUGUUGAACUUAUCUACUUCAAACUUUACACACUGAAAACUGACAGUGAUUUUUAACACUAAAAUGUGGUUUAUGCCAUAGGAUGUUGUCCUAUACAUAAAGUUCUUUGUGCACUGUGUGCAUGAAAUAUACCAUACCUGUGUGGCAUUGACAUUUCUCACAAAUGCUGCCAUUGUAGCGGAAAGUCAGGAACACAACAAUACUAGGCUUUAAUAUGCGCUAGUAUAUAUAUGGGAUACCUUAUCUUUGAUUAUCCAUGAGAAAUAAUUGAUUCUCGAAAUGAAAAAAGUGGUGAUAAACUUGUUGAAUUGAGAAUUAAAAGUUAAAAUUAAUACAAGAGUUUUAAAAAACAACGUAUUUAUGACUGUGAAAUGGUGGAACUUUUCAAAUGUGUAACAGUAGGUAAUUUUGGCUGAAAAUGUUUAUCACAGCAGUAAAAAUUUGGUAAAGCAAGUUCUCUAAACUGUAAAAUCAGAAAUGUUCACGAUUGAUUUUUGCUAUUUCGCAAACUGUCGGUAUUCAUGAAAAUAAUUUCUUGAGAAAAUUGUUGAAAAUAUCCUCUUGCUGGAUUACGUGCGAGUCAAUAGUCAAAACUAUUGUCCAAAAGACAAAGGGCCAGUAGUUUUGACUGUUGACCGGAAAGCCACUCUGUGUUUUGCUACAUGCCAUCAGAAAUUAAUUUUCAGUUUUAUUUUCAAAUUUUUGGCUUUUAGCUUGGUAAACACAUGUUAAAUAUAUAUUGUCAAAUAGCACAAACUGUUGCACAGCAAUUUAUUUAAAAAGUCGUGUAUUAAUCUUAAUAUUUAACAAGUCAUACCUUGCAGAUAAUCUAUCACGAAAACCUAUUGCAUUUAAGAUAGUAAACAUUUAACCUUGCAAGGUUGACCAGUAACAUAUGACCAUACAGUGACAUCGGACACCAGUGUCCUAUGGAUGCACAUCUAGUUUUGUAUGACAUGCUGGUUUAGUACUAUAGGGUAAGCUUUACAGACUUAACUACCUAAAGAGGUGCUAGAAAUAUCAGUUAUAAGAAAACAUUACUGUUUAUACAGAGUUUGCUUUAUCAGAGUUUUACUGUAUAUAUUUUAUACUUUUGUUGUAAACUUUUCAGACAUGUUCAUUGUAUGUUUUAAUGACAUCAGAGUAAGAUAAAACUUGUGUUGAUUAAUUAAUGAGGAUAGUUUAAGAAGAUUUAUGUAAACAUUUUUUUUCAGCAUAUAUAGAAGAAAUAACAGGUCAGAAUGUCUCAAUGAUUUGUAUAUAAAUCGGUAUAUCUACUUCUGCCUAUAUAUGAAUGUAAUGUAAUUGGAACAACUAAAGGAAAUUUAACAUUUGA